CUAGUCUCCCUUUGGAGUUUUUUUGGGUUGUCAUUAAGUUCAAAAUUACCUGUGAACCAAAACCGAGCUUCAUAAAGAUGCCCUCAACUUGAUCGCUAUGGAAACGCCAGUCACCACUUCAUCACUAUCCCAUCUCAGCCAAAAGUCGCUGCAAUCCCUGGGGAUUGGAGUCCUGGGGAAAAACGAAACCGAAAUCGAGUCCUACGACUGGCCACUGCUGUUCCACUCCAUCCGGCCGGGCAUUCGCAAGAAGUCCGAUCUGUUGAUAGCCCUAACCCACUUUCUGGUCACCAAGGAGUACCGCCUGCGAUGCACCACUAAGGACACCUUAAAAUCAGGGGAAAGGCAGGUGGCUGGAGGCAGUUCCAGUGAGUUGCUACCGGAUCACUGGAAUCGUGAUGCGCACCGAUACUCGCUGCACUACGUCGAUGAGCUGGGCAGUCAGUAUGUCCUCUUGGCCAAGCUGAGUCGUCGGGAUUUGGUGAUCAGUCUGCAGAACUCGACCAGCAAGCGAGUGUCCAUCGCCUGUCUGCAGCCCGAGAAUCUGGUGGUCUCCACCAGUAAAUCCUCCGUGGAGAAGUGCAUUCCCAGGGUGGAGAAGAUAAUGAGUCGACUGCGCUUUGAUCUAGUGGAUCCGGCCGUGCGGGGUAUUCGCAAAAAAGAUCUGCUUAUGCGGCAGUCCGCGGCCUCCUCCAAAGUGACCUUCGACCUCGUCAGGAGCACCCAUGAUCUGGACACAGAAGAGUCCACCUAGAAGUGGAUUCUAUUUUAAGUUUGAUAACUUUUCCUGUUUAGGAAGUUUAUUUUAUU